AUGGAAACACAGGUCAUCUUCACCCACUCCAUCCGAGACAAUAUGGUCGACAGCAUCCUGAUGGAGAUCAGACAGAAAUUUCCUCAAGAAAUUCUGUCUAUCACAAUUGCAAACUUUGCGCCAGUGUUGCUGAAGACCAUUGCUGAUCUUCCCAACACUACCAAAAGGAAGCCAAACACUGUCACCCUUUACAACAAAACAAAGUGUGGCGUGGAUGUGAUGGACCAGAUGGUUCGGGAGUACACUGUCUGCAGAGGAACACGGCGCUGGCCAGUUGCCGUGUUUUACAACAUGAUUGACAUGGCAGCACUGAAUGCACAUGUGUUGUAUCAAGCAUGCACCGGGACGAAGGAAAGACGGGUGGACUUCCUGGUGGAGCUUGCAAGAGAGUUGGCUCACUCUCAUGUAGCUGGGAAGAAGAGAGACAUUACAGUUGUCCUAACUAUAGCAAGGCUAAGUACGUUUAAAUUGGCCUAUCAAGAAGAUGGCAACAAUGGCACUUCAAACAAUACUAGAGGACCGGACGGAGCAUCUGGAGCAGGUUUAACAUAUCAUGAGACCAUAGUUAAUAAAUCCAAUGAAACAUUUUUAAAAGAUGGACUUUCAGAACAGGCACUGAAGUUUCUAACUGGCCCUGUGUCCACCAUCCUUUUACCUUCCUUCUACACGCUGGUCUGCUCCAUCAGUGUGCCAAUUAACAUCUGUGCUCUGCUGGCCUUUGCUCGGGGGAUCCGUCCUAAGAAGCCAGCUGCAAUCUAUAUGCUGAACCUGGCCUUAGCCGAUCUGCUCUUUGCACUGAUGCUCCCCUUCAAGAUCUCCUACCACUUUGAAGGCAACAACUGGAAAUUUGGCCCGUCCAUGUGCCGCGUGGUCACUGCUGCCUUCUACUGGAAUAUGUAUUGUUCUGUUCUUCUCAUAGCUUGCAUCAGUGUGGACCGUCUGCUUGCUGUAGUUUAUCCAAUCGAUGCUCUGUCUUGGAGGAGCUCACGGACCACAGUCAUAGCCUGCAUAACCAUGUGGGUGUUAUCUUUCGCUGGCUCUGUGCCUCUUGUUUCUUCUGACCAGACUUUUAACAUCAGUGAGUUGAACAUCACCACCUGCCAUGAUGUCCACUCCACAGAUAAGAUCACCUGGUUAAAGACAUACUUCCUCACCCUCUGCUGCAUUUUUUUCUUCCUGCCUCUGCUCAUCACAGUGGUGUCCUACGCUCAGAUAAUCUGGUCAUUGAGCAGAGUCCAACAUGAUGUUCCAGGAACAUCACAUAGGAGAAGAAGAGCAAUGGUGAUGACAUUGACUGUGCUGGUGAUAUUUUUGCUGUGUUUCAUGCCUACAAACUGUCUGCUGCUUGCACACUACCUGCAAUUAAAAGAAGAACCCAAGAAGAGCCAGGAGGCACCCGAUGGCUCUUACACACUCUAUCUGGUGUUUCUGUGUUUGGGAAGUCUGAACUGCCUCCUGGAUCCCCUGCUUUACUACUUUGGAUCCUCGCAGUGCCAGAAACAACUAUCCAAUAUGCUGAAGUGUAACAAGGCCGGUCUCUUGCACCCUCUGCCGGUCCCCAAGCGCCCCUGGUCGCAUGUUGCUUUGGAUUUUGUCACUGGUCUACCGUCGUCAUCAGGUAACACGACCAUACUAACUGUUGUAGAUCAUUUUUCCAAGGCGGCGCACUUUGUGGCGUUGCCCAAGCUCCCGACUGCCUUAGAGACGGCUCGGCUCCUUACCGAGCAUGUUUUUCGGUUACAUGGGAUUCCACAAGACAUUGUUUCUGAUCGGGGCCCCCAGUUUACUUCCCGGGUCUGGAGGGCGUUUUGUUCAGGACUUGGGGCCCGUGUGAGUUUGUCUUCAGGUUUUCAUCCUCAGACGAACGGUCAGGCGGAGAGGGCAAACCAGGAGUUAGAGACCAUGUUACGCUGUGUGGUUUCCUCGAAUCAAUCCACCUGGAGUGACCAGUUGGCUUGGAUUGAGUACGCCCACAAUUCCAGCACGUCGGCGGCCACUGGUGUGUCUCCGUUUGAAGCGUCGCUGGGGUACCAGCCACCAUUACUUGCCAUCACUGAAGGUGAGCUGGCCGUUCCCUCUGUUCAGCAUCAUAUGAGACGCUGCAGGCGGGCGUGGCGCGCCACCAGGGCGGCUCUGUUGAGGACGACGGCGCAAAAUAAGAGGUUGGCCGAUCGUCGCCGCACUCCGGCCCCUGCCUAUCGUGUUGGACAGCAGGUGUGGCUCUCUUCCAGGUAUAUUCCCUUACGAACUGAAUCCAAGAAGUUGGCCCCGGGUUUUAUUGGGCCUUUUUCGAUCCAAGGUGUGUUGAAUCCGGUGUCUGUUCGUUUGGCCCUUCCUCGCAACAUGAGGAUUCAUAAUGUGUUUCAUGUUUCCCAGGUGAAACCGGUCCGGACCAGCCCUUUGUGCCCGCCUUCCAGGCCCCCGCCGCCCGCCCGGGUCGUUGCCGGCGCUCCUGCUUAUGCCAUCACGCGGAUUAUGGAUGCCAGGCGUCGCGGUAGGGGCUUCCAGUUUUUGGUGGAUUGGGAGGGGUAUGGUCCGGAAGAGCGUGCUUGGGUGCCGCGGUCUGCGAUUCUGGAUGAUGCUAUGGUGAAGGAAUUCCGCCGCCGGCACCCUGACAACUUUGGUCGGUCGCCAGGUGGCUCCCGUUAA